AUGAUUCCUUUCUACUAUGCCCUUAUAGCUGGCAUCCUUGCUCUCUUCGUUGUUAUGGAUGGUGGCUAUGGUAUCCCCACUGUGGAAAAAAUGGGUGCUGGUAAGGCUUGCGGUAUUGUACUUGGCACCUUCGCUGGUGUGCUCUUUCUUACCGCUAUCUUUUUUGUCCCUUACUUUAAUGCUAAGCUCGUUAAGGAGGACACCCGUCUUCGCUUCUGGCACAUCCCUAUGGGUCCGCUCCUGCUUAAGGACAACUAUAAUCUGUAUUGGCCGGGUAAAGCGGAUGCUCCUGUUGUGACUGACUAUUACGCUAUAGAGUAUAUUGGUGAUAGAGAAGACUUAGAGACCGACUCUGUUCGUAAAGAGAGAAAGGACACUGGUAUUACCUGGGAAUCUGCCGGAGAGGAUACGGACUAA